AUGGAUAUGGACAAUAGCAUGUCUGGAGGCCCUGGCCUCACGACUGCAGGUCUAGAUAUGUCGAAUUAUACCGUGGCCUCUGAUUUUCUGGCCGCGCUUCUCGAUGACACCGUUUUGCAACAGACCGAUUAUGCCAUCGCUCGGGCUUUUUGGUACGGCAUCGUUAUUGUCAUCGUGCUGGCGGGUAUGGUCAACUGGGGUCAAUGGGGUCUCCUGAAGUUGCGGUCGGUCACAGGAAAUAUCGCGUCGAUGAUGUACACUGCUGACUCCUAG